UUACGGUAAAACGGGAUGUUCAACUAGUACAAACUACGGAGUGCUCCAUACUAAUCUGGUUUAUCCAACUUUUGAAAACAUAAUAUGAACAUGGCGUUCUCAACUUCCACACCCAUAUUCUCAUUUCCACCACACAAAAACACUAAUAAUCACCUUUCACCAAUCUUCCGCCAAAAAACCUCUAUUGUCAGUGGUUUCUUCCCUUUAUACAAACCCCCAACCGAAAUUAAACCUUCUUUCCAUCGAUCCACUUUCACUGUUCCCGCCAUAUCUAGCUCCCAAGGAUUUGGGGCACUCGUUGGUACUGAAACCAACUUCUCUUUGUUGGAUAAAGCUCUUGUUUUUGAUUUGAAAGGAAAUGGAGUUCCAGUUUCUGAUUUAUGGAAAGAUAGGAAAGCUGUAGUUGCUUUUGCUCGGCAUUUUGGAUGUGUGCUUUGUCGCAAGCGGGCAGACUAUCUUGCCUCCAAGAAGAGAUCCAGCAAUUGCAAGGCCGUUCCUGUUGCAAAACCAAAUGCCAGUUGGAGUGAAUUUCCUGGUAAAUUUGCAGUUUCAUCACCUCAAACUCAAACAGUCAAUCGAAGUAAUAGUACUUGUUCGUAUAGAUGUUGUGUGCCUGAUUCUGGGUUACGGACAGCAGUAACACCACCGCUUCCUGUGAAAAUAGUGAGCAUCUUUGAAGAUGGCAGCAUCAGUCCGCUUAAAUCUGCUCCCUGGCAAGAAGUUCUGCUCCACACUGCAGAAAGAUUGAAGUGGGUUGAUGAAGAGAUUGAAAUGCUUGUCUUUGAUGAUAGUGUCUGGCAAUCCAGUGAAAAUAUGGCUCAAAAUCUUGAGAAGGAUCUUAUGCAUGCUGAUAUACUGUUGGUUGUUUCAGUAACCAAACAAGAAUCAGUGAAGUGGAUUCAGAAUCACGUUCAUAACAUCCCGAAUGUUAUAUGCUUCGAGUCCUCCACUGCGUUAGUUGAUAAACUAGGAGGUUCCCCUAUUAGCAGGGUAACCAAAGGGAACAUGUUCGAGAAAUUAGCAGGCUUUUCAGAAUCUAAAAAAGCAAAUGCGAAAAAUGAAGUAGUGCAAACUGUUACUGAAGCUUGGAAUAGACAUAAUUCGGAUGACAUUAGAUUUGCCUUAUUGGUCAUAAUCAAUGCUUAUUUGAGACCGGUGUCUGUGUUGAAGAAUUUAAGAUCAAAGGGGUUUUCUACACUCAGUUGCAUGGUAAAAAACUGUGGAUCCCAGAUUCUGAAUUGUUUGUUCGAUCCUGCCUGUAGGAAAGCCCUUCAAUGCUUGAAUAACUGCAGUCCUGUGGAUCAGGUAUGCAACUAUCGCUGCAUUGCUUCAUAUGAAAGUCCGCAGCUUGAAGCAUUCUCUCUUUGCGUAUUACAAAAACAUAAUUGUUUGCAACUGGAUUCCGAAGUUCCUGAUAAGCCAUACGUACCUCCCAUGGUCAAGUUUCGGGGAUCUGAGCUGUGUCACAAAACUGCCGAAGAUCUGUUUGUCGGUUGGCUAGGGAGUAUGGAUUGGAGUUGGCGUGUUGUGGCAGGACAAAACCCUGCUUAUGAUCAAUUUCCUUGUCAGUACCAACUCUUCUAUCGGGGAAAGGCCAAAGGUUCGUUUUGGUAUGAGCCAGUAUUUCAAGUCAAAACCUUGGAUGGAAGAAUUGUAUGGAGAAGGAGAAGAUAUCGAGUGAAGAGAGGCCCAGUUCCGGGUAAGUUCUUCUUCAGUGUUCUGGAUAAUGGUGUUGUCUCAAAUGAGUCCUGGACAAUUGUGGAUGUUGCUGACGAUCUUAGCUGGGGAUUGUUUCAUUAUCAUGGAGCUGCUAAAGUUGCAGGACAAUCAUACACGGGGGCAGUUCUUGUUAGUCCAGACGGUAGAUUCCCUAGUGAGGAGGAAGUACCUAGAUUAAGCUGUGCUUUAGAUAAGUGUGGUAUCAAGAAGUGGGAGCUAUUUACUGUUGACAAUUGUUCUUGUCGCGACCCACCACUAGGGAUUCCUGAAGGUUCAACCUUGCACUGCAAUAUACAAGUUGAAGAACCGAAACAGGCAUGAUAUCAAAAAUAAAUUCCCUUGGGGACUGGACGCCGUACACCAUAAACGUUGCUUCAAUCUUUUUCAGAAGGCUAACUUGAGGCAUCAUCAACAUUCUAUAUAAAAAUGAGGCAUAGAAAAGUUACCCAUGCUCCAAUGAUGAUCCGGAUUGAGGUUUAGGGUAAUGAGGUGUUGUGUUUUCUUAUAAAGGAUCACCAAGAGACAUUUGGCUCCCAACUUGUUUGUUACAAAUAUGUAGGUUUGGGACUGAAGGAUGGUUGCUUAAUAUGAUGCAAUCUGAUAAUUAUUCUAGGAACCGUGUUUAUUUUUCUUCUCUGUUAUUAUAUAUUGACGAGGACUUCUUGUCUUCCUAUUGUACUGCUGUCUCAUAUUCUCUAAUAAAUUAUUUUUCUUUGA